GAAGCCAGCUGUAGGCGUUGAAAGGGGCGCUUUGGAAGUCCAGUUGCUGUGGCUCCCUUCGUUAGGUCUGGUGACUGUUACAGGGCUUCUGGACCCGGGAGCCGAGUGUGUGGAUCGCGCCAGGGGGAGGGGAGCCCAGGUAUCACCAUGGCAACUGCCAGCCCUCCAGGCACAUGACGUCACCCUUCUGGUUUCGCCGGUAGAGGCCUCUGCGUGAGAAAGCUGGGGAGUCCUCGAAGGGGGGCGCCCCUCGCCUCCUUCUGUGUGGGGCGGUCCCGCCCUGAUCCAUUGGAGGGCUUUGUUCUUUUGUUCCGGCGUAAAGGGAAGUCAUAUGCUGGGCCCCGCCCUGCUGGUCCACCUUCCAGCUUUUACGCUCCGCAACAGGGUAGACAACCUCAGCGUGUGUAAGAGCUCAGACUUCCUGAAAGAGGAGCUGGAUAUCUGAGUGUCAUAGCGAGGUACGAGUUGCAGGAAGGCUGCUUGGCGAACCCUGGCGUCCAAGUUCCCGAGGAACGAGAUGAGCUCCUGAGAUGGAAGAUCUAUCCUCUUCAGACUCUGCCCUUCUCCAAGGGGGACAUACUCUAUUCCCAUCAUCCAGUUUUCAGGAAUCAGUGACCUUCAAGGAUGUGAUAGUAGACUUUACCCAGGAAGAAUGGAAGCAGCUGGAUCCUGUCCAGAGAGAUUUGUUUAGGGAUGUGACAUUGGAAAAUUAUACACACCUGGUCUCUAUAGGACUCCAGGUUUCCAAACCUGAUGUGAUUUCCCAAUUAGAGCAAGGAACAGAGCCAUGGGUCAUAGAAUCGGGCAUUCCAGUAGGUACCUUUGCAGAUUGGGAGACAAGAGCCAAAAAUAAUGUGUCAGCCCGAGAGCUUGACAUUUCUGAAGAGCCAUCUCCAGAGGUACUAGUAGAAAAACACAAAAGGGAUGAUUCUUGGAGUUCUAAUUUCUUAGAAACCUGGGAAUCUGAAGGCAAUCUAGAGAGGCAGAAGGCAAACCAACAGGCACUGCCAAGGGAAAUAAAAAUAACUGAAAAGACAAUAUCCCCUUGGGAGAAAGGCCCUGUAAAUAAUGAAUUUGGGAAAAGCAUCAAUGUGAGUUCAAGCCUCGUAACACAACAAGCAAUAUCUCCAGAAAAGACCUCUACUGAAACAAGUGUCAAACAGAAUUCAAACCCAAUUAAAAAAGAGAAAUCUUGUAAGUGCAAUGAAUGUGGGAAAGCUUUUAGUUAUUGUUCGGCUCUUAUUCGGCAUCAAAGAACACAUACUGGAGAAAAACCCUACAAAUGUAGUGAAUGUGAAAAAGCCUUCAGCCGGAGUGAAAACCUUAUAAACCAUCAAAGAAUUCAUACUGGAGAUAAACCAUAUAAAUGUGAUCAGUGUGGAAAAGGCUUCAUUGAGGGUCCAUCUCUUACUCAACAUCAAAGAAUUCACACUGGAGAAAAACCCUAUAAAUGUGAUGAAUGUGGAAAAGCCUUUAGCCAGAGGACCCAUCUUGUUCAGCAUCAGAGAAUUCAUACUGGUGAGAAGCCAUAUACUUGUAAUGAAUGUGGAAAAGCCUUUAGCCAGAGAGGCCACUUUAUGGAACAUCAGAAAAUUCAUACAGGAGAAAAACCUUUUAAAUGUGAUGAAUGUGAUAAAACCUUCACCAGGAGCACACACCUUACUCAACAUCAAAAAAUUCAUACUGGAGAGAAAACCUACAAAUGUAAUGAAUGUGGGAAGGCAUUCAAUGGGCCCUCAACGUUUAUCCGUCAUCAUAUGAUUCAUACUGGUGAAAAACCGUAUGAAUGCAAUGAAUGUGGGAAAGCCUUCAGCCAGCACUCAAACCUCACUCAGCAUCAAAAAACACAUACUGGGGAGAAACCCUAUGAUUGUGCAGAAUGUGGAAAAUCUUUUAGUUAUUGGUCAUCCCUUGCUCAACAUCUGAAAAUUCAUACUGGAGAAAAACCUUACAAAUGCAAUGAAUGUGGAAAGGCCUUCAGUUACUGCUCAUCCCUUACUCAACAUCGGAGAAUUCACACCAGAGAAAAGCCCUUUGAAUGCAAUGAAUGUGGAAAGGCUUUCAGUUAUCUCUCAAACCUUAAUCAACAUCAGAAAACUCAUACUCAAGAGAAAGCCUAUGAAUGCAAGGAAUGUGGAAAAGCCUUUAUUCGGAGUUCAUCUCUUGCUAAGCAUGAAAGAAUUCAUACUGGAGAGAAACCCUACCAGUGUCAUGAAUGUGGGAAAACCUUCAGUUAUGGCUCAUCCCUUAUUCAGCACAGGAAAAUUCAUACUGGAGAAAGACCUUACAAGUGUAAUGAAUGUGGGAGAGCAUUCAACCAGAACAUACACCUUACGCAACAUAAGAGAAUUCAUACAGGAGCAAAGCCUUAUGAGUGUGCUCAGUGUGGUAAAGCCUUUCGACAUUGUUCAUCUCUUGCUCAACAUCAGAAAACGCACACAGAAGAAAAACCCUAUCAGUGUAAUAAAUGCAAUAAGACUUUUAGCCAGAGCUCCCAUCUGACUCAGCAUCAGCGAAUUCACACUGGAGAGAAGCCCUAUAAGUGCAAUGAAUGUGACAAAGCCUUUAGUCGGAGCACUCAUCUGACUGAACAUCAGAAUACUCAUACUGGAGAGAAACCAUAUAACUGUAAUGAAUGCAGGAAGACUUUCAGCCAGAGCACAUACCUCAUCCAGCAUCAGAGAAUUCAUUCAGGAGAGAAGCCUUUUGGAUGUAAUGACUGUGGAAAAGCCUUCAGAUAUCGUUCUGCUCUUAACAAACAUCAGAGACUGCAUCCUGGCAUAUGACCAUUCUAGGAACAUCAUAAAUUUAGGGGAUAUAUUUAGUUUGUCCUUUUAUUAAGUACUGAAGAAUCAGAGUGGAUUUAGAAACUGCUUAAAAUACUUUAACUUUUCACUAUCAUGUAGUAUCAUGCUAUGGAAUGGAAACUACAUUGGGCUGAAUUAAUCCGAUUAUGUUAUUAAGCAACUUUAUGACAUUGGAAAACUCAACUGUUUUAAGCUUUAGUUUCCUCUGUGGAAUGAGAGAUUUGAAGUAGAUGAUUUAAAAGGUAGUUUGGAAUUUUAUAAUCAGUUUUGUAUAUUUAUAAUAUAUUCUUGAAUAGGUUUACUAUACAUAAGCAUUUUGCUGUGUUCCAUCUAGAAUGUGUAUGUUUAUGCAUGUUUUGCCAAUAGAAGGAAUUUGUGCUUCAGUAACUAUACUGGGGAUCCAUUAUGCUCUUGUUCUAACGCACUUAAGUUGUUUAGGUAACUUGUUCCUAAUAAAAAGAAUUAUAAAGUACCCUCAAACUAAAACUUACUUGUAUAUAGUGGCCUAACUCAGUAAGAGUAUUAAAACUUAUUAUUUCCUCUUCUAA